CACGGUGGUUCACGAUACGUUGACACAGGUUGCUGAACGCGGUAAUGUUACUGGUGUCAACGUAAUAUCACGCAGUGAAAUCGGUAAGGGAAGCUUGCCCAGGAAUCCACACAGGCCGAAGAUUGCCAUCGAAGUCACUGCUCAUAUUCAGCAUCACCAAGCGGGCUGUUUACAGGAUGGCUAGCAUGAUCCGGUUGAGGAGGCUCAGAAGUAUAUCAUUGCGGUGCAUGUUGACACUGCUGUGUGUUGCUGGGGUCUGUUUGCUGUGCAGAGAAUACGUUUCUGUUGCCAAGGACGGUAAGACAAUGGCGAUCACGGCAAGCACAACAAAGACUGGAAACGCAUCAAGUCAGUUAACCAUUCCGUCAAGCACGCCAAAGACUAUCCAUAAGCACAAGGCUGAUAUUACGAGAGCUUCUAAAAGAGUCCACGCGGCGUCUUCCCCCAUACUGGAAUUUCUCCACAUUUCAAACAAUAAAGAGGAUGUUUGGGAUAAUUUACAUAUGUUCAAAUUCUCAAUGAACGCCGACAACUGUAAGGGUAGGGCCCCCAUAGUGGUGAUAGUGCAUACUGCUAUGUAUAAUGCACAGAAACGACAAAAAAUUAGGAAAGACACAAGUGGCAGUGACUCUAAGCGCCAACCAUUAUUGACUGUUGUUUUUCUGGUGGGAGAAACUAACAACGCAUCAUUACAGGCAGAAGUUAAAAGGGAAUCGCAGAAAUAUCAAGACAUUGUACAAGGGAAUUUCAUAGAUUCUUACCACAACCUGACCCACAAGCACAUCAUGGGUUACCACUGGGUUAUCACUCAUUGUAAAACUGUGCGCUAUUUUAUCAAAAUUGACGAUGAUGUGGUUGUCCACGUUGACAACGUGUUGAGGUACCUGUUGCUGAACCCUAUCCCCGAGGAGUAUAUUAUGUGCUUUGUUUGGCCGGGGAGCAGGAAAAGAACAGCCGGAAAGUGGGCCAUUUCUGAACGGGAAUACCCCUUCAUCAGGUACCCCCGAUAUUGUUCUGGAUUUGCAUACAUAACAACACUGUCAGUUAUCAAGAGACUACACUCGGCUUCAACUUACAUCAAGUCAAUAUGGAUUGAUGACACUUAUGCUACCGGCCUUCUAGCACUUGCAUCUAACACCAAACUGAUAGGGUUUCCCAAUGGACAAUACUAUAACGGGAGGAAGAAGCCACCCGCACGAUAUAAAACAGAAGGGAUGUUUGUAUUGCAUCGGGAUUAAGUGCGCCUUUUGGAGCAUAAGAAGUACACGAAGGGGAUGUCGAUCUACAGAUGAUGAUGAUGUCAUAAGGAGAGUUAUUAUCCAUAUGGUG